UGUACAAUAAACACAAAGUCAAAAGAGAAUCUGAAGCAGAGUCGUAAAUUACGAGAAGACGUGUGCAAUGUUGGAACUGAUAGUUCAGAGUCGUUGAUAUUGAAAGUGAACACUUAGAUCACAGCCCGUAUAUCAUGAGGCCUAUGUACACACUUCUGAUCCUGGGCCUCUACUGUCUGUGUGGAAUCACAGUGUUCCUCAUCUUUGAGAUGAAGACGCCAGACAACUGUCCACACGAGUUCAUGUACGGAGACACCUGCAAGAACCCAAACACACUAGCCAGGGGUCUGAGACAUUUUGCAGACAUGUCCCCGCUGUAUGAAGUGUUCAGUCUUAAUGCCAGUGAUGCUAGCCACAUAGACAACGUUUGCUACACGUUCUUCCAUCUGGAUUUGACGUCUUACCUGAUUUUUAAGUCUGUUGUUUACCACAACAAUACUGGAGAGAUAACCCUGCUAGUGGAGUCAGAAGUGUCUAAUAGACCCGGGGUGUUCAGAGCCGCCAGUAAACCAGGUAACAUGUACGACGUUUGUUCAACACAAGAAUAUCUCCUGGGCCGCUACAAUUGCACAGAUGUCAACACUGUUAUUUACUACUUUUACACCUGUUUCUUACACGGAGACUGCAAGCGUAUGAGUGGACCUCAAGAUGUUCGACACACUUUGACAUCGACUCCCCCAGAACAGAUAUCCAAAACCUGCUACAAACUGGCCAUGUCUGACCUCAAACUGAAGACACUAGAAUUUCAAGGUCGGAUUUUCACUGUGUUCCCCAACAAGUUACGCAAACGUUGCGUCACGUCAUUCAAUGGAGCGCUCGCCAUCAAUGCUCACAAAGUGGAUCAAGAAGACGAACUGGCUUACCCUUGACAAAGUUAACCCUUAUAGGGGCUGUGUAUUAUAUUGGACUUUUCACUUUUGUAUAUAAAAUAGUAUAGACUGAUGAAAUAAACGCUUUUUGUAUAAA